GUAUUAUCCUGAUGCUUUAACAUCUACGAGGCCAUGCAGGAACAUCAAAUGGGGAAUUACAGAGAUUUAUCAACCCUCAGGUGUCAAGCUUUAAUAUCCCAUUAAAGAAUGAUAAUGUCCAAACUGCAUUAACUGGGCGUGCUGUAUGUGUGCAGAGAGGUGGGGGACCUAUGGAGAGAUUCAGAGUCCUGAAUGGCAUGUACUUCAGACCCGAGGUGGCAAGACUCUGGCAUGGCUCCUUGCAGGCAGCAGAGUAAGGAUUGGGUUGUAUUUUUGGAAGGGUGUGUGUGUGUGGAUUGGUCGCCUUGUUAGGUCUGCUAAAAUAUUUCCAACAGCAGCGACUGUGAGGAGAUAGCUGGGUGGCAGGGGACACAGGGGGGACAAGGGGCUUUUUUUUUUCUCUGUGGCCACCUGGAAAAAAAAAAAAGCCAUGCAACAUCACCGGCUUGUCAAGAUACAUGACUACAGAAAUUAAUAAUCCUAAAUUUGUAACACGGUUUAAUUGAUUCUGGAUUUAAUUUGACUUAAUCCAAGAAGAAGACUGGAUUGAAGCUGUGCGCCGUGCGGAGCUUCAUGGACACGCGCAAAAGUCCCCAAACCUCCACAAGAAGAAAGCCCAACAAGUUCAUCACCGAGGAUAUCUCCAAUCAGUUUUGAUGUCAGGUAUGAGUGGAGGUCGCUUUGAGUUUGACGACGGUGGAGCUUACUGCGGAGGCUGGGAGGGAGGCAAAGCCCACGGCCAUGGCAUCUGCACCGGACCCAAAGGCCAGGGUGAGUUCUCCGGCUCCUGGAACUACGGCUUCGAGGUGGUGGGAGUCUACACCUGGCCCAGCGGAAACACCUACGAGGGGUACUGGUCGCAGGGGAAGCGUCACGGUCUGGGAAUAGAAACCAAAGGACACUGGAUUUACAAAGGGGAAUGGACUCAUGGCUUCAAAGGCAGAUACGGGGUCCGGAUCAGUGCUGGAAGUGGAGCAAAGUAUGAAGGAACAUGGAAUAACGGGCUUCAGGAUGGGUACGGAACAGAAACAUAUGCGGACGGAGGAACUUUCCAGGGUCAGUUUACUGGCGGGAUGCGGCACGGCUAUGGAGUCCGUCAGAGCGUCCCUUACGGCAUGGCAGCAGUUGUCCGUUCCCCUCUUCGUACCUCCCUGACCUCCCUUCGCAGCGAGCACAGCAACGGCACCGUGUUGCAGCAAGACAUCCCAGUCAUCACCACCACCAACGCCUCAGGUGAGGAGACACCCGUCACCACCCCUACCCAGCUGGGGCCAUCCCGUGGAGGCUUCGCCCUCACUCUUCAGGUGGACCCAGACGCUGUGAAACCCAAGAAGAAGGGUCUGUUUCGCAGGGGCUCCCUGCUGGGUAAGCUGAGGAAGUCCGAAUCAAGUAGCUCGCUGUCCAGCCAGAAGAGCAAGAUCAGCUUCCUGAGGACGGAAUCAGCUCUGAGCUCCAACGCCAGUGACACCAACUCCACCAUCAGCAUCGGGGACGAGAGCCUCGCCGGAGCUGAGGAUUUCCCGCCGGUGGAGGCCGACAUUGACGCCACCACCACAGAGGUCUACAUGGGCGAGUGGAAGAACGACAAACGCUCGGGAUAUGGAAUAAGCGAAAGGUCCAGCGGGCUGAAGUACGAGGGCGAGUGGCUGAACAACCAGAGACACGGCUACGGCUGCACCACCUUCGCCGAGGGAGGGAAGGAGGAGGGCAAGUACAUGAACAACAUGCUGGUGAAGGCCAUGAAGAAGAGGGUGAUCCAGCUGAAGGGAACCAAGAUCAAACACAAGGUGGAGCGGGCGGUGGAGGGCGCUCAGAGGGCCGCAGCCAUCGGGAAGCAGAAGGCGGAGAUCGCUGCUUCUAGGACGACUCAUUCAAAGGCCAAGUCGGAGGGAGCUGAACAGGCUGCUCAGGCCUCCAACGGCGAGUCCAGCAUCGCCAGACUGGUGGCCAAAGAGCUCUCCCCUUCCUUCUACCAGCCAGGUCCCGAGUAUCUGAAGAAGAGAGCGUUACAGGAGGUCGUGGACGGCAGUGAGAACACAGACAUUGUCAUGCAUGAGCCGAUGUUGGCUGAGGAGGAGCCUCUGCCCACGCCACCUGAAAGCCCGUUCAUGAAUGAACUGGAUAGCCUCAUGCCUGGCUCAUCCCCAGGCCGCACCCCCUCCCCGAGCCCAGGCAUCAUCAGCAAGGAAGAGCCCAAACUCCUCAGGCCAGGAAGCUGGAAUGAAGACAAAACCAGUAAAGUUACUGGGAAUAAGGGCAGCAGUAAACCCAACAGCAAGCCCAACAGUAAGCCCAAUAGUCGCCCUACUACCCCUUCAACUUCUGCUCCUGCUCCUGCUCCUGCACCGCCUGCCCCUGAGAGCGGAGGAGCCCCUAGUAGUCGUGGCCCUUCUCGCACCGCAAGCCGUCAGAGCAACAAGAACGAGCAGGGCUCUGACCUGGAGAUCAAGCCCCUGCAGAAGUUUGACUCAGAGGCUCCAGACGUCACCCCUAGUGCCGCCCCUACUGCUACCCCUGCUGCCGCCCCUGCUGCCCCUGUAAGGAAUAGCCUCAUCGCACCAGAUGAAGAAGCACCACGCACCGUCUCCAAAGCGCCUGCCAAAGCGCCUGCUAAAGCGCCUGCCAAAGCUGUCACCCCCGAGCCUAAACCCAUCGAGGUCAAAACUGAAAGAGCUCCAUCAGUCCACGAACGAGCGCCGUCCGUCUCUGAGAGCAAAGUGGAGUCCAGGGAGCCGAGCAGGCCUGCCAGCAAAGCAGAGACAAAGCCAUUGCCGAGAUGGCAACCCAGCCCUGCGCCAUCCCCAAAACCUGCGCCGUCCCCAAGACCUACACCGUCCCCAAAACCUGCACCCAAUCUUGAACCUAAAACAGUACCAAAGCAAGUGGAAGCCAUCGUUGUCAAACCGGCCCUGAAGGUGGAUCCAAAAGCAGAAGCCAGACUGAAGGCCAUCGUGUCGAGCUCAAGUAAUGAGACUGCAGACUCUUUGGAUCUGGAGGGGCCAAACACCAUCAUGAUCUGCAUGGUUAUCCUGCUCAACAUCGGCCUGGCCAUUCUCUUCGUGCACAUUUUGUCAUGAGACAUUAUCCACCACCUCAGGUCACCAGCAGUGUUGGAGAGAGAGAUGGCCUGCCUCCUCCUCAGUUAGGACCAGAGAUCAAAGAGACCGCUGAGGAGAAAAAGAAAAAAGCCUCAUGCAGACAACCACAGCUCCUCUUCUAAAGGUUUUCUUUGUUGGUGUGACUGUGUGAGGCUCUGUGAAGCUCCUCUCUUUCCCAGAGGUUUGACAAAAACUGAAGGACAUUGAAUGACUGAGACGAUUCAGUACACCUGAAUAUGACGAUGUUUGUAUGUCGGAUGGUAGAGUAUGUUCUCAAGUGCUUUAUACUGGAGAAAGUGUUGGAGUGGCACUCGAGAAGUGUCGGUUCGUCACAGUGUGUCACAAGUGUGUAAACAUUUAACAACAAAAAAAAAGAAGCAGAUUAUUAUCUCCACUAUACCUUAAACUUGAUUGUCGAAACACAAAGACGAAUGCAGCGGACGCGUGAAACAUUAGGGAGUGAUAACUGUUACUGUCGUUUUAAUUAUGUGGCUAUUCAUUAAGUAGGAGUCUGAAAUGUGUGCGUGUCAGUCAUAUCGAGAAAAUACUGCAAACUGUAAUCAAAUGCUACUGUAAAGCCAAGUUAUUGUUUUCAUCUUGCUGCUUCUCACUCUCUUAAGAAAGACCUUAUCAUUUCGGCUCAUUGCAUCCUGCUAAAAAACUGCAUCUGAGACUGUGGUGUACUACACUGUGAAAUUUAUAUGCAUUUACUGUCAUUCUGCUGCUUUUUUGAGGGGGGGGGAGGGGCUGAUAAACCAAAUAUAGAAGGAAUAUAGGAAGCUUAUGAGUGUCACUGCUAUUGUGUAUGUACUGUAUGUUCAUGUUUUAGCACCCGGGUGGUUUGAAAUGAGAGUCGUGUAUGUUUUGGAUAAGCGAGCAGAAGCUGAAGGUGGCUGGGAUUUACGUUGUGGUGAGGUUGCUCAGGCUGCGGGUUUAUAUCAACACACGAGUAGCGAGCAGGAGGUGGGUCGGCAUGAUGCGUUUGCCUGUGAGCUGGUGUUUAUGGUUUCAUAUGUAGGAAAAAAAAAACUGUCCACACUGUUCCACGCCGCAUUAUAUUCAGGGCCUUUGUUGUGCUUUUAGAGCCAAAAUACGAGUUCAACUUUUGUACGCAUGAGGGCACUUUGUGUGUAUGUGUCUGUAUUUUUGUACCAUUUUUGAAGUGCACACCUUUUUCAGCAUUCAGAAUAUUCUUGUCGUUAGGCGGAGGCCCUAAAAUUUAUUUAUUUCCCAAAAGGAAGUCAGAUUACCUCGUGAUUGUGAGAUGGAGAGAAAAAAAUAUGGAAUGAUUCUUAACUCCGUGUCUUACAUUGAGAAGAGCACUAUCCACAUGUGCUGUUUUAAUAUUUCACUCUCAAUCAUGCAAAGAGGUUUUUAGCUGGUUGUGCAUUGUUUUCAUGCCAAAAUCUGCAAAAAUGUAGUUUUUGAUAACUCUCCCGUGAUCUCAAACACAUGUUUUGGGCAGAUCAUUUAUCAGAUAUCAGUUUAUCAGAGACAAAUUAGCAGAUGAACUCAAUACUAAGUGCAAUAAACAGCAUUCAUGUAGGUCAGUGUCACGUAGAAGCCUUUUUUUUGUUGUCUGUUUUAGUGCAUAAAAAAAAAAAAAAAAAAAUAACACUGCUGAAUUUAAAGCCUUUGUGUUGCCAAACCUGGUCAAAAAUACAAAGCUGAAAUUAAAUAAAAACUUUUACAACACU